UCGAAGCCUGCCGGGAUUAAACUUUUACCUCGCUCUUACUCUCAUUAUGUUGGGGCUUGAUUUGGUGAUUCUGACAAGGGGUGGGUCUGAGUUAGAAAAAUCGGGUCUUGUGGUUCCCGUAACGCGUUCCAUCCUUAGUUCUGAUAUUGACACCAUAUCUAGAUUCCAAGGGCGUAGCCAGUGGGUCGAUUUCAAGGGGCAAAAUUUUUUUCCAUUUUUAUUGCCGCAGGAGAAAAUUUUAAGAAUUUGGACGGUCAUAGGCGAAAAAUUGCACUUUUUUGAUCCUCUCCUCAAAUUUUUUCCCUUUCCCCAUUUCGGGGUGGGGUUAGCCUCAGAAGAACCCCCUAGCUGCGCCCUUGUCUAG